ACCCCCUUUUGCCUGUAAUCCCUCCCGUUUUAUGCACGACGCCUAUUACAGCUCUUUUCUAGCUGUGAGUGCUGUCAUCGUUGCCAUAAUCGUUAUCAAUUUUCAGCUUUUUUUUCCUUUCUCAUUUCUGUUUAUCUGUGAACGACCAGUGACGAUACAACAAGGCAAACAUGCUGGACAGUUAAGUCCAUCCCAGUUGGAAAAUCAAUCAUAAUCAAUCAACCCAGCAUUUAUUUUUUUUUUUUUUUUUGACAAUUCAUCUUGCAAUUAGUGGUAAAGUAAGAAACAGUAAAUCUAAAAUGAUUGGGUCGUUAAAAAUCAGUUUAAAAUGCGAUCUGAGACUGUUAGAGGAAGUAAUAACCUAGAUAAAAACAUGAAACAUUAACAUGAACCGACCUGAAAGCCUGGUGAACGGUUCGUCCGGCAAUGCAGAGAUGCCGAUUGCCGGGCGUAAACCCAUCGUGACUUAUGCUGGGGAUAAGGAACUUUUCAUGAGUUUGGAGAAUACGCUGUCGACCGCCCUGCCCAACGAGCCUGCCGAAUGGAGGAGGUCGUACGGCCGUGCGAUUAAACUUGUCAACGUCUCGGCGACAUUUGUGCCGUUUACAAAACAUGUACUGCCGAAGGAAGGAGAUUAUCGCUUAAUUGACCAACCGAUGUUUCACACCUAUUGGACUCAAUGUUCUGAUGUUGACAUAUAUAAAUCGACUGUAAGAGAAGAAAUAGAGAAGUGGAUGAAGGAUUUGUCACAGUACAAUUUAAUGGACUGGAUGAUAGUUGUGGUCGAAGCGUACGACUUUAGAAAAACCAACAAACUCCUUCCGAGGGCGACCGUGUACGACAAGGUGAAAAGCGAUUACGGUGCAAAACACGCCGACAGGUGUCUAAGCGUUAUCAACCCUUUGAAAUCGGAAUCACGCUCGGCUGGCUCGUGGAGAGGGCUAAUUGUAAAUAUGAGACUCCUUUUGCUAACGGCUUAUGACCGAGCUUUGCUCAAAUUCGAGGAGAUUAUAAGAGACCAGAGGGAGAAGCGGAACCAAGUUGGUUGGAGUUUCACUAAAUAUUUCUUGCUUCAGGAAGAGCUUGCGUUUGUCUUGGAAAUGCUUGGGGUUUAUGAAGAAGCUCUGGUUCAGUAUGACGAACUCGAUGCGCUUUUCACACAGUUUAUUUUAAAUUCAAGCCUAGGAGAAACUCCAAAUUGGCUCGGACAGUUUCAGUCGACUCUUGACUCUUGGGACGGCGUGAGAAUGUCGUCCGGGAUCAACAUGAAAGAAAGGUCGAGAAUCGAGAACGACUCAAUUUCCCUUCUUCAGUUCAGAAAUUAUUUGUUCUCGAGGCAGUGUGCAAUGCUGAUUUGCGUACGGAAACCGUCAGAGAUUGCAGAGAGGACGUUGCCUUUUCUUCAUAAUACGAUAAGAGAAAUGUCAAUGCUUGAUGUAUCAUACACCCAGGGUGCAAUCGCAUGUUGGGUCUACCUUUCAUGUAUGGAAGUAUUAGAAGCUUGCGGCAGAUUUUCAGAGCCCAAUCUUAUAGAAAAGUAUUCAAAAUUUACUGCCGGCAUUUUAUCAUAUGCUCGUGAAAAGUUGGCGGAAUUAGGCGAGCUUUGCGGCCUUUUGCCGAAGCAGGUCCAAACUAGUGAACAGCUCCACAUUUCUGUACAGAUUUUUUCCGGGCUCAGCGACGAUUUUACAAAACCUGUCGAAAAGCUUAAAAAAGCGUUGUCGUCUCAAGAAGAAUUCUCGAUACAGUAUCUUGGCAUAUCAGAGCUCGCAAUGGGAACGUACAAACACAUUGGAAGGGUCAGAUGUGCGAGGAGUUUGGGUUUCGACCUGGCAAAAUAUUACUGGUGCAAAAAGGAGUAUAACUCAUCUAUAGUUUAUUUAAGAACGGCUUUGGACUGCUACGAAAAUGAUGGUUGGAAACAGCUAGCUGCCAAUACCAGACUCCUCCUUGCAAAAUCGUAUUAUCUUGUUGAAAAUUUUCGAAAAUAUACACAGAUGUGCCUUUAUAUAGCUUGUACACAGGAAAUCGAAUUGAAAGACAGGUUGAAGCAUUAUGAAGACAUGCUGAAAACACUUAGCUCUUCAAAACCAGACCCUCCUUGGACGGCUAACAUGAACGACUGCAUGUCAUUUACUGUCGGUGAAAUCCAAGUUGACCAGAGGACGUCAACGGUGUCAGUGCCUGUCACCGUCAAGUCUAACUUCCCUUGCGAUAUAAACUGCACUUCCAUUUCUCUAGCCGUAAUGCCUUAUCUGUCGUCGACGAAUGUAAAUUCGUAUAGAAACAGCCCCGAAAUCAGCAGAAAAAUAAGAAAAACAAGAGAUCCUUCGCAAGCUUCGGUCCUUCAAAAAAUACCUUUAUUUGUUCAUCUCGUUUACAAACAGGAUAGAAAUCUCUCGAGUGCAAAUAUUGAUGUAAGAGACCCAAAUAUGCUACUUUUAAAUCUAAGGAGGCAAGAAAGUGUUAACGUAAAGCAUCGCAAGCUUAAAUUUGACUUUACUAGAUCUUUAUCGGCAAAAGAUGUACAAAUUAAGCCCGGUGAGAAUAAAAUCACUCUUCAGUCGAAGUCAUAUGAAGCUGGCAAUUAUAAAUUAGGACCGUUCAAAGUAAUCCUCGGAAAUAGUUUCGAGUUGACGACGCUUCCUUUGAACUACAAGACACACUUCGAAGUUACGAAAAUCCUUCCCAGCAUCAAAUUGACACACAAUGGCGAUCUUUUGGCCGGACUUGAACAGACGGCGAUAUUAAACGUUGCUUCAAAUGGGUACAGAAUAUCAGAAGGCAGUGUUUUAUCAUUAAGUGCGACCGAUGGUUUACUACUUCAAGAGUCGGGCACUACUGCUGCUUUAUCGUCUCAAGUUGAUAUCCAGUUGCCUGAAGUUUUCCCGAAUAGUACUUUAAAGAUACCGUUAUCUCUUUAUGCAGAAUUGCCCACUUUCAGAGGAACAAACACGAUUGAACACAGCAUUAUAAUACGAGCACCUUGGACAGAAGAUGAAUGGACCAUACCGUUAAUACUCCAGCCUGCUCUUUCAGCCAACCUUCGCCUCCAUACGGCCAAGAUGGACAAAUUUUUACUUGUAAACGUUUCCGGGCUGAGCGCACAAGUGCUGCGAGUACACAAUCCAUCUCUGGUGAUAUUGAGACCGCAUGGUAUCGCUUUAUCACCUUUCAAUCCUCCUAUAGUGCCUACGUUGUUAAACGAUGAAAGGAAAAUCAGCUAUAUUUGGAAAAUCGAACCAUCAGAACUUAAGGAAAUAGCUUACGUAAAGACUGAAUUCUCUUUAUAUUAUGAGCCUGUCGAAAGCGAUUCUAAAUCACCGUUUCUUUAUAAAUGUACAUUUGAUAUCAAUAAUUUUUUGACGAUGUAUAUCGUAGACUGUAAGGUCGAUCCAAUCCGUGGUUCCGAGUUCUGCAGGGUGAAUACUGUUUGCCACCUUUUGAUAAAAAUAAGUAAAACGCAUAUGGGACAGGAUACGAGCUUGAUGUACGAAGUGCAAGCCGAAAACAACAUGUGGGUUGUUUGCGGAAACAGUUCAGAUGUACUCUCUUGGUCUGAUUCUGUUGAAGAGCGCACAGUCACAUUGGAAAUAAUGCCACUUGUGAACGGUUAUUUGCCCCUCCCCGUUGUCAAGCUCUCCAAAUAUAUACUGACCAAUCCUAAAUUCCAUUAUGGGCCAAAUACUAGCCCAAGAGGUGAAUUCAACAGAAGAUUGGAACCGUUCAGCUGUGGCCAGAUAUAUAAUGUAAGCAAGGGGGCUCAGGUGCAUGUCAUAGCCGCUGCCACACCCCAGGACAUGUAGCAGAAGUUUACUUUCUUCAUACAGACCAGCUGACUAUAAAUGUCAGCAUCGUCUAUAAUCAAGAACAAAUAUAUUCGAAAAAAGAACAGGUAAUUUACGUAUCAAAACACAAGUGUUCUACUGUUGUAGAAAGAAAAAAGAAAAUGUUUUGUUAUUUACCAAAGUGCCAUUUUGUUUUAUUUUAUUUAUCAAGAAUUGUUUAUUUCGUGCAAUAAGUUUAAUCGACAGCAGUGACAUAUUCAAAUAUAAUAAUUUCAAGCGAUUCGUUAUAUGUACAGCUUUAUCAUGUCACAAAUAGAAAAAAAUAUAUUUUAAUUUAUUAACAAUAAAAUAGUUUAUACUCGUAUUUUUAAUGUGUAAAGCAUGUCUGUAUAAAUCGGUAGAUUGGAAUGUUAUGAUUUUGUGAUAUAUUGGAGAUUAGUAGUGUAUUCACUUUUCUACUCGGAUUGCGAAAGGUGUCAUAAAUUAAUCAAAAAAACAUUUAUAGCAUACUUUGCAUAGUUAACAUAGGAAAAUUAUUGUACUCGGCUAGUUUUAGAAUCGUAGGCAAUUUUUCAGCACAAAGUUUGCCUGCCGAAAAGCCAUUAUUUAAUUUUAUUAAAUAUAUGUAACAGUGGCAAACGUACAUUUUGCGUUAUCUGUUAUGGCAUUUUUAUUUUGUAUUUAUUUUAUUUUAUAGGGGUGAGUCAAUAAAAAUAUCCAUUUUCAAUCUCUUAUUUAUUUUUAAAAAUCCUUCCAAUGUUAUUGUUACUGUAUUUAAUUUUAAUAAUUGUUAUUUUAAAUAGCACUAUCAUGUGCUAUUUAUGUCUUGGCUUGUUUUAUGAAAUAAAUAACUUUUGAUUUUUUA